UCUGAUGCUGCUGCUGCUCAAGCGGAAGUGGUCAGAAGUCAGGAGCCGCCGGAAACACAGCGCUGUCACACGGACAUGAACCGGAGGAGAGCCGCUUCCUGCUGCCGCUAACACCCGGACACACAGACACACACACACACACACACACACACACACGCGCAUUCAGGGAAACAUGGGGGGCUCCCAGAGCGUCGAGAUACCCGGAGGAGGAACUGAAGGCUACCACGUCCUCAGAGUGCAGGAGAAUUCCCCUGGUCACCGAGCAGGCCUGGAGCCAUUCUUUGAUUUCAUCAUUUCCAUUUGUGACAAUAGACUGAGCAGAGACAACGACACCCUGAAAGAGCUGCUGAAGGUGAACGUGGAGAGGCCCAUCAAGAUGCUGCUGUACAGCAGCAAGUCGAUGUCAGUGAGGGAGACGACCGUCACACCCAGCAACAUGUGGGGAGGACAGGGGCUGCUGGGCGUCAGCAUUCGCUUCUGCAGCUUUGAAGGAGCCAAUGAAAAUAUCUGGCACGUCUUGGAAGUAGAGUCCAACUCACCUGCGGCCCUGGCUGGUUUGAGGGCCCACGUUGACUACAUUAUAGGAGCUGACACCGUUAUUAGUGAGAGCGAGGAUCUGUUCUCCCUCAUUGAAACCCAUGAAGGGAAGGAGCUGAAGCUGUACGUCUACAACACAGACACAGACAACUGCCGCGAGGUCAUCAUCAGGCCCAACGGUGACUGGGGAGGAGAGGGCAGUCUAGGUUGUGGGAUUGGUUAUGGCUACCUGCACAGGAUACCUACCUUCCCAUAUGCAGAGGGCAAGAAGAUCAGUUUCCCUGCAGAGACUGCUGGAGAAUCUUCUUCACCUAAGGAUGGCUUCACAGAGGUCCAUCUCUCUGCCGUCAUUCCAACCGUUCCAGUUGCUGUGUCACCCUCUUCUGCAUCGACUGGAUUAGAGCAGUCUCUCUCGGGCCUGACGGUCAACUCUAAUCCGACUGCAGUCUUUAGCAAUCUACCGACAGAUGACCCGACAGUUCCACUGCUGAGCCAAGCCCCCUCCUCACAAAGCCUUCCUCUGUCUGUCAAUCCUGCUCCGACAAUACCAGGUUUAAUGCACUUACCUGGAGGUCUUCCACCAUUUCCGAAUUUUCCAAACCUCAAUAUCACCUUGCCAGACAUGGGCCAAAUGUUGCCUUCUGGAGUUCGAUUACAACAUCCAGGUCUUCCACUUCUUCCUCCUCUAAACCUUCCCGGUGUGGUUCCUGGUGUCACUCUGCCUCCAUCUGACUUUGUUCUUCCCCCCAUCACAGCUAACACAUUUCCUGCUGUUACACAAUUCACAUCGUCUCCUUCUUCCACCUUCCAGAUGAACAGGUCACUGACUAGAACCCCGGUCUCAUCAUCAGCAACCGUCACCGAAUCAAUAAAUAUCACAAUGUCUGUAGACCCCUCUUAACAGAGAGCACCGUUUAAGAUUGUCGGUUAGCUCUCAAGCCUCUACAACACAGAGUCUAUUAGCUGCACUACUCUGUGGACAAGUAGCUCCUACACACUGUUGAAGAUUGUUGUGCGAGAGCUCCACUUUCUCAGACACUGGAAUUAGGCCGCUGUUUUUCACACAUGCAGCAAAACGGCCAGAUAUCCUAAGAAAUGGUUAUCUAAAGAAAAAAGUAGUCCUGUCGGUUUGACGGUGAAAGCAAAAUGACAUGAAUGUUUCAAACUCCUCAGCAGAGUAAAUAUAGUAUCUGUUGCAGGACAACUUUUUUAAAUAAACCACAACUAUUUAAUAUUAUGUGUUAUCUGGGCAAGCGUGAAAGUGUGGUAAAUGGGUUCCUUUCUAAUGUGCAAUUCAAGUUUCUUUGCAUCUUUUUUUUAGGGGGUGAAAGCGUUGAAUCUCCAUGACUACAUUCAUGGGGAUUCUCCAGUAUAUUAGCAGGUUUGCUUGCUGUUGUAACCAUGAAAUAUUUAACUGUUUUGUACAAAAAAAAAUUAUCUGUUUGAUUAAACGUAUGUAUUUUCUGUA